GGUAAAAGUAACUGGAAAAGGCGUUCUUGAAAAUAAUUAUUAUCUAGAAAUUCAGCGUGAUGGCUAUAUAGAAGAGGCGUACUUUGACUACACAUUUAGUCCUAUUUUUAAAUUAGAUGGUACAUUUUGGGGCGUUAUUAAUAUUACAAAUGAAGUUACUCAAAAAGUCUUAAAUGUUCGAAGGUUAAAAACGCUUGAAGGUCUUGGAUGCCAGAUUGCUGAUGCAGAAUCCUUAGAAAGUGUCUGCCACAUUAUAACGAAAAAAUUAAAAAAUGACAAUAAAGAUAUUCCAUAUGCAUUAAUUUACCUUGUCGAAAAUAACAAUGGGUCAAAAUAUGGUCGUAAAUCUUCAAUUGCCCGUCUCGUUUCAACGACCUUUGAUGAAGAGCUU